GACCUCAGUCGCACAUUUAUGACAUCACAGCUCGCGACGCUGAGGACCGCGCAGUGUGGUGUGCAUGCUCUUUCAUCAACAACACAACGAUCACGGACGGUGGCUGAAAUCUGCGGGUUGUUUCUGUUUAUUUGAGUUAUCUAGAAACAUUAAGAGAUGUCAUGUUUUUCCGGUGAUCCAAACUUCUGUUCUGAGUGUGGAAACAUCCUCCCUCUCCCAGGAGUUCAGGACGUGGUGCGCUGCCCUCGCUGCUCCUUCUCCAUCCCUGUAUCAGAGUUCUCAGGUCAGGAGGUCCGCUCCACAGUCAUCUUUAACCCUGUGGAGCAGUCUGUGUCUCUGGAGGACGAUGUGGACUCGGAGCUGAAAGGACCUGUGAUCGACAGACGCUGCUCUCGCUGUAACAAAGAGGGGAUGAUUUAUCACACCAGGCAGAUGAGAUCGGCUGAUGAAGGACAGACGGUCUUCUUCACCUGUAUACACUGCAGGUAUCAGGAGAAAGAAGACUCCUGAGAAGAUUCUUCAUCUCUCCUGUGUUUGUUUGGAUCUGUUUGAUGAUGAGGAGAGUAUUUGGAGCCUGAUCUAAAGAAUAUCUGUCCCUCGAUCAGAGUCAUCAAAUGUUUAUAAGUUCUUAAUGAACAAGGUCAGUUUAGUUGUUUUUCCUCAGUGUCAGAGUUAUGGUCGGUUUUACUUCAAUAGAAAUGUUCUGCUCAUUAAUCACGUGUUAAUGUUUAUACUGAAGAAGAAAGCUGUUGUAAGGUUGAAGCUGAGUGCACGUUGUUUAUGUCUCUAGAGACGUAAACAACAAGAAAACAAAAUGUAAUGUUAUGAGCUAAAAUGUUAAUGUAAGUAUUUUAAGUCAUGUUGUCUCAUAUUUAAAAAUCAGCCUUUGAACACAUCACAGCAGAAACACAGUGAGACAAUCUGGAGCUGUGUUUGAAUGUAAGACUGUAUUGUGUGUGAACAUUAAAUGUACAAAAUACAAACUGUGUAAAAUCUCAACUAACACAUGAGACAGUGUGUCAUUUACAUGUGGUGUUUUUGAAAUAUUAAAGAUGAAUAUAUCAAAAAUA